UGUUUGUGGCGUACCGUCGUUGUAGUCUGCACCGCAGGCGGUGAGAGCUGGUAGUCAGAGGAAAAUGGCGGACGGUGUGGAUCAUAUCGACAUCUACGCCGACGUCGAGGAGGAGUUCAGCCAGGAAGCUGACUACCCAGUUCAUGAGCAGAUCGACCUGUAUGAUGACGUAAUAUCCCCAUCAGCCAAUAAUGGUGAUGCUCCAGAAGACCGGGAUUACUUGGAUUCACUGCCAGCCCCAGGUGGCACAGAGGGAGGGAAAAGCGCUCCGCCCAACGUGGUGUACACCUACACUGGAAAAAGAAUCGCCCUGUACAUAGGAAACCUCACAUGGUGGACAACUGAUGAGGACUUGACAGAAGCUAUCCGGGUGAUAGGCAUCACAGAUGUGCUGGAGAUAAAGUUCUUUGAAAACCGAGCCAAUGGCCAGUCAAAAGGGUUUGCUCUGGUGUGUGUUGGUUCAGAGGCAUCCUCCAGAAAGUUAAUGGAGCUGCUGUCAAAGAGGGAGCUCCAUGGUCAGAAUCCCAUUGUCACACCAUGCAACAAGCAGUCCCUCAGCCAGUUUGAAAUGCAAUCACGCAAAAGUACCCAGACAGGUCAGAUGUCUGGGGAAGGAAAGGCUGGUCCUCCUGGUUCUGGACCCCGUGGCGGUUUCCCCAUGGGCAGCCGAGGGAGAGGCAGGUUCCCCGGACCACCUGGCCCUGGAGGAGACCGCUUCCCUGGUCCCGUAGGGCCUGGGGGUCCUCCACCACACCUUCCUGGCUCGGGCAUGAGACCAGAUCUGGUUAGGCACCAAGAUGGCCCUCUGAUGGAUAUGAGUUGCAAUCCCUUCCAGCCGGGGGGCAGGAACGGGAGCUGGCGUAGCAGAGGUGGCAUGCAGGGUCCUCCACGCCCCCCACCCGGUCCACCAGGUCCCCCAGGACCUCCAGGACCUCCACCUCCAGGCCAGGGUCUUCCACCUCCCAUGGCUGGGCCUCCAAAUCGUGGUGAUAGGCCUCCUCCACCUGUUCUCUUCCCUGGGCAGUUUGGCCAGCCACCACUAGGACCCCUGCCUCCAGGUCCACCUCCUCCAGGCUAUGGUCCUCCACCUGGUCCCCCACCUCCUCAGCAGGGCCCACCCCCUCCAGGACCCUUUCCACCCCGUCCUCCUGGACCUAUUGGCCCGCCUAUGGCAUUGGCUCCACCACCACAUCUGCCAGGUCCCCCGCCAGGUGGCCCACCACCAGCGCCGCACGUGAACCCUGCCUUCUUUCCUCCCCCUGGCAACAACAGCAUGCCACCCAAUGAUAGCCGAGGUCCACCGGGACCAAAUGACCCAUACGGCCGCCCACCACCAUAUGAAAGAGGAGAUUAUGGGCCUGGAGGCCGGGACAUGGACACAUCACGGACCCCUCUAAGCGAGGCAGAGUUUGAGGAGAUCAUGAACAGGAACAGAGCCAUCUCCUCCAGUGCCAUAUCUAGAGCAGUUUCUGAUGCCAGUGCAGGUGAUUAUGGCAGUGCUAUAGAGACUUUGGUGACAGCCAUCAGUCUGAUUAAGCAGUCCAAAGUGUCCGCAGAUGACCGCUGCAAGGUCCUCAUCAGUUCUCUGCAGGACUGUCUCCAUGGCAUUGAGUCAAAGAGCUAUGGCUCUGCGUCAAGGCGAGAACGUUCCAGGGAACGUGACCACAGUCGCUCAAGAGAAAAGAGUCGACGACACAAAUCUCGUAGCCGCGACAGGCAUGAGGACUAUUACAGAGAACGCAGUCGGGAGAGAGAUCGUCAUCGUGAGAGGGAUCGGGACCGUGACCGGGAAAGAGAGAGGGAGAGGGAAUACCGGCACCGUUAGCCGGAAAGGAGCUUACGAGGAUCAAGGAUGGAUGGAAGGAAAAGGAGGAACUCUUUCCCUGCCCUCCGUGCAUGACCGGACAGGAACACAACUACCAUCACUUCCUCCACCCCCUCCAUUUCUCCUCUCCUAUCCUUCUCCACCCAUCCUUCUCUCUAUCUGUUGUCUGCCUGGUUUAAGAGCAGCGGAUGGAAGACCCUGACCUGUGUAAGGCUAUGUUAUCCAAACUUCUAUACUCAUGGUAACUAAAGAUGACAAAAGAAUCUUUCCAAACAGCUCUUUUAUUUUUAUGAUGUUUUAUUUGACAUGAAAAGUAAGCGUGAUGCUUUUUUGCGACUUAAAAAUAAAUAAAUGGCCUGCACGAUCCCCAAAUAGAAGACACAAACAUUACACCCUUUUGUUUUUUUUGUUUUUUUUUUCUUGUUCUUUGGCUCGCUGUAUUGUGUGUGUGUGUAUAUACAGUUUAGAGAUUAGUUUUUAUAAGGUAUGUGCUUGAUGUUUUCUCUCCUACCCUCACUCUCUCGUUCUCAUUUAUUCUUUUCAUGGCUAGUACGUUUGUAAAUGUCUCUGCUUUUUGAUUAAAAUUAGAUGGUGUUGUAAUAAAAAAUGUUUACUGAGG